GCUCACGACCUCACUCUUCUCCAUGCGAAUCCCUUCGCUCGCGCGCCCUCUUCCAAUGACUCCUCCAUUGGACCUCUCCUUCCACGAUCGCCAUGGCCGAGGAGGAGGACGAGCUAGUGAAGCCCAAGCCCUCGUUGCCCUACUUCAAGGACGCACCCUGUUCAGGGACGUCCCUCGCUACCCUUGCCGAGGGCUUUGAGGAUCUUGCUAGGAAGCUUGAGAGCGGAGAUGAUGAUCUCCGAUUAGAUGCCUUUUCUUAUGCUUGUUCUCUUGUCUCCGUAUUGUUUGGAUGCCUUGGCAUUGCGUUCAAGUUUGCUGAGAUUGAGUAUGUUUCCAAGGUGGAUGAACUUUAUGAAGCUUCAAAGACAUAUGAUACUUUAAAGAAUGUGUUGGACUAUGAUGUUGAGCAAGAUACUGUUAAAAAGCCAGGUAGCCAUUCACGCCAUCUGCGUCGAGUGAGAUUGGGUCUUGACCUUAUCAAAGCUUUAUUCAAGCAGUUUUUAUUGUCCAAUGAUAACUCCCUAAGAGAAGCUGCUUCAACUGCUUAUGCACAAACUUGUGCUCCAUUCCACCCCUGGGCAGUCAGGAAGGCUGUUGGUGCUGGGAUGUAUGCUCUUCCGACAAGAGAACAACUGAUGUUGAAUUUGAAUGAAACUGAUGAUUCUAUACAGAAAGAAAUGACAAGAUAUAUAAUCGCGUCUAGCUCCAUUAUAGAUUACAUUGACAAUCUUUAUACUUCAAGGAACAUAUCUUUGGAUUGGUAAGAAACUCUCAUUCUGGAGUACAUUUGUUGCUGCAGUUAUCUAGUUGCCACUCUGCUGUUCCAGUUUUUGCUGUUAGAAUUGCUCUUCUUGGACUAGAGGUUUUUUUCCUCCUUUUUUAAUUUUAAUUUUUUUUUUUUUUUUUUUUUUCUUUUUUGGCACUUUUUGGUGUGUUUGACUAUGAUGAUUCAAUCAUAGGAUAUCCUGCUAAAUAAAAAAGGUUUUGAUUUAUUUGUA